ACAAGAGACGAAGAAGACGGAAUCCGGAAAUGUGUCAAGAUGGCGGAAUGCGAAAACAACAACGAUGCUACACAGCCCACAGACUCUGAGGCGGAAACCCCUAAAUUAUCCGAAUUGCUGGAUAAUGGGUGGAAGAUAUUUGAGGAGGUAGACAGUACAAACGAACCGCUUGGUUCGAACAGUAUCCAGGUCAAAGUUAAACGCGGCAUAAGUAUGUUGGAGGAAGCGUCUAGAAUGGUUGCUCAGCUCGACCUGUUCAGCCGCAAUGAGGAGCUGGAGGAGAUAGCCACGGCAGACCUCAAGUACCUGCUGCUGCCCGCCUUGUUAGGAGCUCUGACCAUGAAACAGACGAGCCGAGAAAAAAGGCUAGAUAUAGUUCAGUCGGCCCAGGCUUACUUUACGGAUUUCCUGAAGCGAUGUAAAGAGUAUAAUGUAGCACAGUUUGAACUGCCAAAUUCGACGAGUGAAAACUCAAGUCCUGACGGCGCCUCCGAAAAUGGAUUCUCCACAGCCACGCCGGACCUGGUUACCAUGGCAGCACAAAGACAAGCAAAAAUUGAACGGUACCGUCAGAAGAAGCAGCUGGAAACCAGACUGUCAGAUAUACGGAAAGCUGUGGACAGCGGACAGGCCGAGGAUGAAGUCUGCAGAGAGUUUUACCUUCUUAAUGUCCGGAGAUGGGUCACUCUUAGUCUGGAGGAAAUAGAAAGCAUUGCCCAGGAGGUGGAGAUCCUCAAGAGGAUGGAUGGUCUGAAGCAGAGCACUGCCAGUCAGCCAGCUAAGCCAGUAAGGCCUCCCAUGAAACCCUUCAUCCUCACCAAGGACGCUGUACAGGCUCAGGUGUUUGGGGCUGGCUACCCCAGCCUUCCCACCAUGACAGUAGAUGACUGGUAUGAGCAGCGCAGAACACUUGGAGCCAUGCCUGACCAUGGGACACCCAGAAGGAUUGCUGUGGAGGAGGACACUGAUGCAAAGGAGAGGGAAGAAGAAGAAAAAGAGCUAAAGACUGAACGUGAUGACGAGGAGUCUCUGCUGAAGGCCCGAAACUGGGAUGACUGGAAAGACACUCAUCCUAGAGGUUAUGGAAACCGUCAUAACAUGGGAUAACUGAUCCCAACACAGUGUGUGUGUGUGUGUGUGUUGCAACAGACCUGUCACUGUCGUCAUUUGUAUUCCUAUCAGUCCUGAAAGAGGGUGUUCUUUAUCAUUUUGACCCUUAAAACUGUUGAUAUGUGAAAGUCACCAAACCAAGAAUCACCACAGCAUCACUAGCCUGUUAAGUUGAGUUGAGUUUAUCUGCAGGUAGGCACUACAGCUGAUUUACCGAUGUUACAUUUUCUGUUUGACAUUUACAAGGUUGGACUCAACAAUCCUCUGGGACCACAAACAUGUUUUUGAGUGAGUCUCAAAUAAAAGAAUCUACACUGGCUGGCCCGAAUAGAGCCAAGCCAUGAUGCCAAUGUUUGUGUUCUCAUGUAUUCCCCCAACACUGUCUGUAAUUUUGUCGCAUUGAAAGAAUAAAGAGACUGAUCAGAC